ACUGACUGAGUUCAAGGUGGGAGCUUCGGCCGUAAAUUGUUAGAUAAGAUGCUGUAGCCUGACAGCCAAUUUGUCGCCCGGUGUUGUUCCUGAGAGGACAGGACAGCGGACCCGAAUGUGAGCAGCUCUGCCGGGAGAGGCCUGACCAUGUCCACUGGAGUGUGAUCAUGACUUCCCUCAACGAGUCAGAGGAGACCUCCCCUCCCUCCUUCCCUCUCUCCUCUUUUGAACACAAUUUCUCCCAUUUUGUCACCCAUGACCCGUCAUACUCCCCCAUAUCCUUCCCCACCUCCUCGCUGGCGCCCUCCAACUGCACCAGCUCCCCGUCAGCCUCUUCUCCUCCGUACAACUUCUACGCCGUGCUGCUGGUGCUCCUGAUCUUCUGCGUGGUGUUCGGUAACGUGCUGGUGUGCGUGGCUGUGUCGAAGGAGCGCUCUCUUCAGACCACCACAAACUACCUCAUCGUCUCGCUGGCUGUGUCCGACCUGCUGCUGGCCACGCUGGUCAUGCCCUGGGGCGUCUACAUGGAGGUGGUUGGAGAGUGGCACUUCAGUCUCAUCCACUGUGACAUCCUGCUCACCCUGGACGUCAUGAUGUGCACCGCCAGCAUCCUCAACCUCUGCGCCAUCAGCAUUGACAGAUACACAGCGGUAGCCAUGCCGAUGCUCUACAACACCAGAUACAGUUCCAGGAGGAGGGUGGCAGUGAUGAUUGCUGUGGUGUGGUUCCUCUCUUUUGCCAUCUCCUGCCCUUUACUGUUUGGACUCAACAACACUGCCAGCCGGGAAGGCACCACGUGCAGCUUUGCCGAUCCGGCCUUCGUGGUGUAUUCAUCUGUGGCCUCCUUCUACGUUCCCUUCAUCGUAACGUUGCUGGUUUAUGCGCAGAUCUGUGUGGUGCUGCGCAAGCGAGGCAGGCGCACCGCCCCGCCGCGCAGACACGGCCAGCACACACAAGGCGGGGCUGACGUGGGAGAAGGUCAUCGACACAGGAAGAAUAAGUGUACACAACCAGAGGAUGUGAAGUUGUGCACCCUGAUCCUGAGGCCCGCUACCGCUGGCCCACAGCGCAAGAAAGUGCAUCCACAUCUUUGUUUGUCCCCCAACGCGUACCUCCCUCACCACCCUCCUUCCUCUCUCUCUAUGUGUCAGACCCUGGUAAAGGAGGCGAUGGUUCACCCUCUCGAAGUGGAGCCGGGUCAGUUCCUGCCGCAGACCGAGCAGAGCCUGGCUCCUCCUCCUGCUCCCCAAACCCCCUCCCACUCGGACCGCGGCAGGAUCUCCCUGGCCAUCUCAGUUGGACCUGCCCCGGUUCUUCCCUCCACUGUGACACGAUCGGCCCUGAUGCCCCGUCCCGCCACCCUCGAGGACGGCAUGAGGGGCCGUGAGGGAUGGAGGGAGCGCAGUGGAGGGAGAGAGAAAUGGGGGAUGACCAAGGAGAGGGUGAGAGGGAGGCUGUCACAGCAGAAGGAGAGGAAGGCGACAAAGAUGCUCGCUAUUGUGCUCGGUGUGUUCAUCAUCUGCUGGCUGCCUUUCUUCCUGACCCACGUGCUGAAGGCCCACUGCAGGAGCUGCUGCAUCUCGCCAACACUGUACAGUGCCGUCACCUGGCUGGGAUACCUCAACAGUGCUGUCAACCCUGUCAUCUACACCACUUUCAACAUUGAGUUUCGCAAAGCCUUCAUCAAGAUCCUGCACUGCUGAGAACUGGAGAGAGGAGAAGUGUCAACUGUCAAGCCUGUCAUUGGUUUGAGAUCAGAGGA